UUCUUCUUCUACUACUCCUUUUCUGCCUUCUUCUUCGACUCCUUCUCCCCUUUCUCAUUGUCCUCCUACUUCCUCUUCUCCUUCUUCACCUUCUCCUCCUUUUUCCUCUUCUCCUCCUUCUCCUUCUCCUUCUUCUUCUUUGACUCCUUCUCCCCUUUCUUCUUCUUCUCCUUCUCCUUCUCCUCUUUCUCAUUGUCCUCCUCCUCCUACUUCCUCUUCUCCUUCUUCACCUUCUCCUCCUUUUUCCUCUUCUCCUUCUCCUUCUUCUCCUUCUCCUCCUUUUUCCUCUUCUCCUUCUUCUUCUCCUUCUCCCCCUCCUUCUUUUCCUUCUCUUCCGCCCCUCCUUCUUUUUCUACUCCUUCUUCUUCUUUUACUCCUUCUUCUUCUCCUUCUCCUUCUUCUCCUUCCUUCUCUGCCUUCUUCUACGACUCCUUCUCCCCCUUCUUCUUCUUCUCCUCCUCCUUCUUCUUAUUCCCCUCCCCCCACCCCACAUCCCCUAGUGUCCUCCAGACCCCCGGCCUCCACCAGCUGGCAAACAUUUGUCCACCUGUCUGCGCGUGA